UGUAGUAAAUCAUUUGUGUCUAAAAAAGGUUACAUUAAUCACAUGGCAUCCCACGGAAACGAAUCACAUGAAUGUAAUAUUUGUCACAAAACUUACAAAUCAGAGGAAUUGUUAAAAAAUCAUGUGAAAUGUCACGAUGAAACGAAAAGAUUCCAGUGUGAGUUUUGUGACAAGGCGUAUCGUCAGUCCACAAGUUUACAACAACAUUAUUCUGUCCACAGCGGAGAAAAAACGUUUUUUUGUGAUCUUUGUGAUCAGACGUUUAAUUAUUUGACGAACUUCAUUAGACACAAACGGCGCCACGAAGGAAAAACAUACAAAUGUGAAAUUUGCGAUAAAACAUUCGUGGAACAAACGUCUAUAUAUAGACAUAAAAAACUUCAUAACGGACAGAAAGAACAUGAAUGUGACGUGUGUGGGAAAUUGUUUUUUCGUGCAGGGAAUAUGCGUGAACAUCGUAAAACACACGAACCUCGUGAAAAGAAAGAGAAACUGUUUGAAUGUGAGAAAUGUGAUAAAGCCUAU